AUGCAUACGUCACGGCGGCCCAAUGCAUACAUCACGGUGGCAGCUGCCACCGCGCUCGUCGUCACGCUGAUCUCGCUCGUGUACUCCUCGCACUUGCACCCAAUGACCGUGUAUAAGGUCCUCGCGAACCUUCUGUGGAAGAAUGCGACCGUGCGUCCGCCCAUCCUGCUCAUUGCCAUCGUUGCCGGUUGGGCGUGGGUGGUCGGCGUGUGCCGCCGACGACUCGGAGCCGAUCUGGAGCACGUGCUGGGCGGGACGCUGCAGCACCACCUGUCCACCUUCCACGCUGCACUCAUCCUCUUUUGCGUGCUGCUCUCGGCGCACCUGAUGCACUUCAUGGCGAGCAAUGUGCCAGGCGUCACGUGGCGCCUCUGGCUCGUCGCAAACCUCGGGCUCAACGGAAUCUUUUUCAUACUCGGGCUGCUGCCGUGCUCGGGCCUCUUCUUUGGUCCGUCGCGCCUCUCGCUCCUUCGAGCCGUGUGGGAGUCGAUCAUCGCGCCGUUUGGGCCGGUCACCUUUUGGCACGUCAUCGUGGCCGACUACAUGACGUCGCUCGCAAACGCCUUCUCCGACUUGCAGCUGGUCGCGUGCAUCUCGCCCCACAUCUUCCGCUCGGGCCUGGGCUCCGAUGGGAUCUACGUGCGCUCGACGGAGCUCUGGCACGACUUCUAUCUCACUUGCGCCGACUCGUACGCCAACGCGAUUGGCCUCGCGCUGCCUUUCUGGAUCCGCCUCAUGCAGUGCCUCAAGGUAUACUCGACGACCAGAGAGGGCAAGAACCUCUGGAACGCGCUCAAGUAUUCGACCUUCUUCCCGCUCGUUUACGCGGGCUACCUGCGCCGCCACGAGCCGUCGCACUUCCACGACCAGUGCUUCGUCGCGGCGGCAGUUGUGCAGUCGACCUACUGCUUCAUCUGGGACGUCCACAUGGACUGGGGAUUGUUCUGGCUGGCCGAGCUGCGCGGCGACUCGGCCGAGGGCUACGCGUGCUGCGGCGGCAAGCCCGUCGUUGCCAGGAUACGCGAGCCGCUCCUCAUCUCGCAGAGUGUUCUCGCGCAUCUGGCCCUCUGCGCCUUCGACCUCGCUUUGCGCUUCAUCUGGGCGCUGUCCGUCUUCGGAGGCGUGCCCGGCCGAGGCGCCGGCAUGCUCUUCUUCGAGCUCGUCGAGAUUCUGCGGCGCACGGUAUGGGCCGUCUUCCGCAUCGAGUGGGAGGUCAUCGCCAAGGUUAUCUACCCGUCGGGCACCCACAAGCCGGUCAACAUGAACACGCGCCGAGGCGCCGGCGAGUGGCAGUCUUUAGACAGGCCACUGCAGCAGAGAGAGGCACCGCCACCCAUUGGGCGGGUUCUCGAAUAG